GCCAUGAACACUCAACAGAUGGAGCAGAUGGGCCAGUUCAAGAUCACAGUCUGGGAGGAGGAGAACUUCCAGGGAAAGCGCUGUGAGUUCAUGCUGGAGUGCCAGAACAUCAUGGAGAGGGGCUUCAACAAGAUCCGCUCCAUCAAGGUUGAGAAUGGACCUUGGGUGGGUUAUGAGUACCCAGAGUUCCAGGGACAGCAGUUUAUCCUGGAGAAGGGAGACUACCCUCGCUACGAGGCCUGGAGUGGAAACAGCAGCUACAGAACCGAGCACAUGCUUUCCUUCAGACCUAUCAAGUGCGCUAACCACAGUGACAGCAAAGUGACCCUGUACGAGUGUGAGGACUUCCAGGGCCGUAAGUUUGAGAUGUGCGAUGACUACCCCUCCCUACAGGCCAUGGGCUGGUGCAGCAAGGAGGUGCCCUCUAUCAAAGUCAACUCGGGAGCCUGGGUGGCCUACCAGUUCCCUGGUUACCGUGGCUACCAGUACAUCCUGGAGAGAGACAGACACCAAGGCGAGUACAGAAACUACAAUGAGUACAGCACCCAGGCUCACACCAACCAGGUGCAGUCCAUUCGUAGGAUCCAGCACUAAGCCUUCCCUCUGCCUGCCUGACCCAACCUGAAAAAAAAGAAAAAACUCUUCCCAAACCCUCUCCUCAUCUUGAACCCUGGACAGACCGCUGUCACAGAACAAUAGAUGGACAAACUCUUUCUAUCACUCUGUGGCUCUGCAUGUAUGGAUAUCUAAGUACCUACUUCUACUACCAUGCUAAAGCAUGUUCUUGAAAUAGGAAAUAAAGGCUUUUCUUCAAAACUAGAGACUGUUUGUCGGUAUUCCUUUUAUUUUUUUUUUUAUAAUGAGGUUUAUCAACCCAGUUAAAUAAAUGAAAAUCUAAAUUACUAGCUAAAUUGAACUGUCAAUUAAUUUGUACCUCAUUUAUGAUGGUGAGUCAUACUACAGGUGCACAAACACUGCAAGAUCAGAGCCCAUAUUCUCUUUUAGCUCUAUGAAGUAGGCAGAGAUAGGUUUUGCUUUGUAUUUACUGAAAGGAAACA